CAUAAAACUAAUUAACACAUAUAUAUAAUCCUUUUAAAUCCCACUACUAUAUGGAGUUUUUUAUAAAUGUUAUGCUUAUGUUUACAAUCUCAUAUGUUAGCUAUAGGCUAGCAAAAGUGGUAUUCAGUCGAGAUCAAACUUGUUAUAUGAUCGACUACGAAUGCUACAAGGGAAAAGAGGGGAUGAAGCUAAACACCGAAGAAUGUGCAAAGAUUGUUACGCGCAACAAGAAUCUUCGUAUAGAAGAUUACAAGUUUUUGUUACGAACCAUAGUUAAUUCGGGUCUAGGUGAGGAAACAUAUGGGCCAAUAAACAUCAUCUCGGGUGAAGAAGAACACCCGAAAAUAGUUGAUUCUCUAUCAGAAAUGGAAGCAGUAUUCUAUGAUACACUUGAUAGUAUAUUUGUCAGGUCAGGUAUCUCACCAUAUCAAGUUGAUAUGCUUGUGGUAAAUGUAUCUUUACUCUCAGUUGUCCCUUCUUUAACAUCUAGAAUUAUUAAUCAUUAUAAAAUGCGCGAAGAUAUUAAGGUGUUUAAUCUUUCGGGAAUGGGAUGUAGCGCGAGUGUGGUGGCUAUAGAUCUUGUACAACACUUGUUCAAGACACAGAAGAAGAAACUAGCUAUUGUUGUGAGCUCAGAAUCGAUGUCGGCAAACUGGUAUUGUGGAAGAGAAAGGUCUAUGAUGUUGUCUAACUGUCUUUUUCGUGUAGGAGGAUGUUCGAUUCUUUUAACUAAUGACAGGGCUCGUAAAGAUCAAGCGAUAAUGAAGCUCAUGUGUUCCGUUCGAACGCAUUUUGGCUCUAACGAUGAAGCCUAUAGCUGUUGUAUGCAAGUAGAAGAUGAUCAAGGAUAUGGUGGUUUUCGUCUUACAAAAAACCUCACGAAAGCGGCUUCUAGAACUUUAUCGAAAAACUUACAAGUUCUUUUACCGAAAGUGCUUCCACUUUGGGAGAUAAUCCGUUUUGCAAGCCAAAAAAAAGGUGGCUCGAAAAUCAACCUCAAAGCAGGAAUACAACACUUUUGUGUACAUCCAGGAAGUAGAGUUGUGAUUGAUGAAGUGGGUACAAGUCUAGGACUAAACGAGUACGAUCUUGAGCCAGCUAAAAUGGCGUUGCAUCGAUUUGGCAACACGUCCGCGGGUGGGUUGUGGUAUGUUCUCGGAUACAUGGAGGCAAAGAAAAGGCUGAAGAAAGGUGAAAGAAUCUUGAUGAUAAGUUUGGGUGCGGGUUUCAAAUGCAACAACUGUGUUUGGGAGGUGAUUAAUGGAAAUAUGGAUCGAGAGAAUGUGUGGGAAAAAGUGAUCGACAAUUAUCCUCCAAAGAAGAUGAUGAAUCCCUUUUUAGAAAAAUAUGGAUGGAUCAAUGAUGAAGCUAUGGGUUCUCUUAAACAAGAAGAUAUAGUCAAGAUGCUUAAUUUUGCCUAGACCAAGUAUUUGUCAAAUUAAUAUUUUUCUGCCUUUUUUUCAAAUUAUAGUCCUUAUCCUGCUUCAAUCGUACGUGUGACUUUUUUUUUUUUCAAUAUAAAUGAAUAAACUUGUUAUCUCAUAAAA